GAAUUAGAAUUUCAUUGCCUCGAUUUCUCGAGGUGAAAAUAAAGUCAAAUAAUCACCACGCUAUCAAGUAUAAUUUUUUUGAAUGUGCUUUAGUGUGGCAACCCUAAAACACAUGUUUUGAAUUGUUUGUGUUGUUGCGAAACUAAAUUGAAUCUACAAAUAUUUAGAAUACUUUGGUAACGGGAAGUGCUGCAGUAAUCGUAUUUCCGGAUUUAGAACGAUUAUAACAUCUAAAUCGAAAAUGACUUUGACGGAGGUUUCCCCAAAUCAAAAAUUGCAGCCCAAGAAGUCGGAACUGCAGGAGCCAAUAUUGCGCAUUAACAAUAUUGAAAAGUCACAGCAGGAUACACGAGAUUACCGUGGCCUGCAGUUGGAAAAUGGCUUAAAAGUAUUAUUGAUAUCGGAUCCAAGCACUGAUGUUUCAGCAGCUGCACUGUCUGUGCAGGUCGGUCACAUGUCGGAUCCAGAGAAUUUGCCUGGCUUGGCCCACUUUUGCGAACAUAUGCUCUUCCUGGGCACGGAAAAGUAUCCACAUGAGAACGGCUACACUACGUUUCUUUCACAGAGCGGUGGCAGCAGCAAUGCCGCCACAUAUCCGCUAAUGACGAAAUAUCAUUUUCAUGUGGCACCGGACAAACUGGAUGGUGCACUGGAUCGCUUUGCGCAGUUCUUCAUUGGUCCACUAUUUACGCCCAGUGCAACGGAGCGAGAAAUCAAUGCGGUUAAUUCGGAGCAUGAGAAAAAUUUGUCUAGCGAUUUGUGGCGCAUUAAGCAAGUACAUCGGCAUUUGGCCAAGCCGGAUCAUGCGUAUAGCAAAUUUGGCAGCGGCAACAAGGCCACGCUUUUUGAAAUACCCAAGUCGAAGGGCAUUGAUGUGCGCGAGGAGCUGCUAAAGUUUCACAAAAAAUGGUAUUCUGCAAACAUAAUGUGCCUGUCUGUCAUUGGAAGAGAAUCUUUGGAUCAGUUGGAAGCGAUGGUAAUGGAAAAAUUCUCAGAAAUAGAAAAUAAGAAUGUAAAAGUGCCGGAAUGGCCAAGGCAUCCUUAUGGCGAAGAACAGUACGGCCAGAAGUUAAAGAUAGUGCCCAUUAAGGAUAUACGCUCGCUAACAGUGAGCUUUACGACCGACGAUCUGACGCAGUACUACAAAUCCGCCCCCGACAACUAUUUGACGCAUCUUAUUGGGCAUGAAGGCAAGGGUAGCAUAUUGUCGGAGCUGCGCAGGCUUGGCUGGUGCAAUGAUCUAAUGGCUGGUCACCAGAACACCCAGAAUGGUUUUGGUUUCUUUGAGAUAGUUGUGGAUCUAACACAAGAAGGAUUGGCGCAUGUAGAUGACAUUGUCAACAUAAUAUUUCAGUAUUUGUGCAUGCUGCGCAAUGAGGGACCCAAAAAAUGGAUAUUUGAUGAGUGCGUUAAGUUAAACGAAAUGCGCUUUCGUUUCAAGGAGAAGGAACAACCCGAGAAUCUCGUCACUCAUGCAGUAUCAUCUAUGCAAAUAUUUCCCCUGGAAGAGGUGUUAAUUGCGCCUUAUAUGAGCAACGAAUGGCGUCCCGAAUUGAUUUGUAAUCUCUUGAACGAACUGGUGCCCGCUAAGAGUCGUAUUUCCUUGGUUAGCCAGAGUUUUGAGGAGUCUACUGAACAGACAGAGCCCUAUUAUAAAACGAAAUAUGGCUUAGAGCGUAUACCUAACAGUACAAUUCAGGCCUGGGAAUGUUGCCAAGUAAAUGAGAAUCUAAAGCUAUCACUGCCAAACAGUUUUAUACCAAACAAUUUUGAUAUCGCUGAAGUGCCCAGCGAUGCGCCAAAACAUCCCACAAUUAUAAUGGAUACGCCCAUACUGCGAGUGUGGCACAAGCAGGACAAUCAAUUCAAUAAACCCAAAGCUUGCAUGGUCUUCGACAUGUCCAAUCCGAUUGCCUAUUUGGAUCCUCUGAAUUGCAAUUUAAAUCACAUGAUGGUUAUGCUGCUUAAGGAUCAGCUCAACGAAUAUCUCUAUGACGCAGAGCUGGCUAGUCUCAAGCUAAACGUCACUACCAAACCAGGCGGAAUCGACUUUACUAUACGCGGCUUUAACGACAAGCAAGUGGUUUUGCUUGAAAAAUUAUUGGAUCACCUAUUUGAGUUUUCCGUAGACGAAAAGCGUUUUGACAUACUCAAGGAAGAGCACAUAAGAUCUUUAAAGAAUUUUAAGGCAGAACAACCCUAUCAGCAUUCCAUUUAUUAUUUGGCACUGCUGCUCACUGAGAAUGCAUGGGCUAAUGUUGAGCUUUUAGAUGCUAUGGAACUUGUUUCCUAUGAACGUGUUUUGAACUUUGCCAAUGAGUUCUUCCAACGCUUGCAUACUGAGUGCUUUAUUUUUGGUAAUGUAACCAAGCAACAGGCAACGGAUAUUGCGGGCCGUGUCAAUAAGCGAUUAGAGCAAACAAAUGCAACAAAAUUGCCAAUAUUGGCUAGACAGAUGCUCAAAAAACGAGAAUACAAGUUAUUGCCAGGUGAUAGUUAUCUGUUUGAAAAGGAGAAUUCGCAUCACAAGAGCUCCUGCACACAGGUCUAUAUGCAGUGUGGUGCACAAACGGACCAUACCAAUAUUAUGGUUAACCUGGUAUCUCAAGUGCUCUCCGAGCCCUGCUACGAUUGCUUGCGCACCAAGGAGCAAUUGGGCUAUAUUGUCUUCAGUGGUGUGCGUAAAGUAAACGGCGCCAAUGGUAUUCGCAUCAUUGUGCAAUCCGCGAAGCAUCCGGCCUUUGUUGAAGAUCGCAUCGAAAAUUUCUUGCAGACAUAUUUGCAAGUUAUUGAGGACAUGCCUCAAGAUGAAUUUGCGCGUCAUAAGGAGGCAUUAAUUGUCAAGAAGCUGGAGAAGCCGAAAACAAUAUUCCAGCAAUUUAGUCAGUUCUAUGGAGAAAUUACUAUGCAGACGUAUCACUUUGAAAGAGAAGAGGCCGAAGUCGCAAUACUGCGCAAAAUAACAAAAGCUGAUUUUGUCGAUUAUUUUAAGAAAUUUAUAGCAAAAGAUGGACCAGAGCGCAGAGUUUUAUCUGUCCAUAUUGUCUCGACGCAAAAAGAUGAGAAUGAAACAACUACUGUUGAGGAAGUUGAAAGUGCGGCUGCCAGCGCUCAACGCCAUACAACAAUCAACGAUAUUGUGGCAUUCAAAUCGUGCAAAGAAUUGUAUCCAAUUGGGAUGCCCUUCCUGGACAUCAAGGCGAAGGGUGCCCGCAGCAAGCUUUAAGAUAUUUAACUCUACAAUUUCUAGUUGGCUAAUGGGGUUUGGUUGCUUUGUUUAAUAUUCAUU